GAAACGACGAGGGAUCAGCUGCUUUCUAUGGGAUGCUUUAAUAUUUGCGGCCUGCUCGGGUCUCCAGUUACCGCAAUGCCACUGGUGAGAGGAGGGAGAGGUGGAAGGCAAGAAGAUGGAGAGGCAGGAGAAGCACAAAGCAAAUGAGUAUAACUAUGAUGUGUAGGUUGGCAAAAACUAGCCCCAUCUGUGUGAGUGCAUUUUAAUCAGAGAGUGACUGAGCGGGGGGAUGUAUUGACUGUACUCUGUAGGCUGUAGUGGCCUGUGAACUGCAUGGGGUGAAAGAGACACUGUAUUGACUGAAGCUAUCUUAGUAUCAUGGCUGAAACGUCAAAUGAGGUGAGUACGGUGGCUGUGAGUGUGUAGUGGCUGCUCAAUUCUCAACUUUCUGCUGACAAAGUUCUUGGACUCUCUGGACUACAGUGUGCACCAUGGGGCAUUGCGCAGAAGCUAUGGCACCUGCUAGUGGAGCGCUUGGUGCAUAAUUCUGACGGAGUGGAGCUCUGAAGCCAGCAUUUAUGUCUCUCCCUCUUCUGCUCUCCAGCACGUCUACCCACACAGCUGAGCUUUAUUUUAUGAACUUAGAGUAAGUGUGAAACUCCUCCCAGCCUCCUCCGCACACGAGCCUAGCAUGCCUUCGCCAUCGGACUCCAGCAGCGUGGCUUCGGCCUCGGGGUCUCGGGGCUGGUCAGACAGCCGCAGGGGCAUGUCGGGCCGGGGGCCUGGUGGGGCACGGCUACUCCUCUACCUAGGGCUGUGCCACCUGGGCCUAGGGGCCAUGGUCCUGGCCUUCUCUUUCACCAGCAUGGCCUUCACCUCCUCAGCACGCGUCAGGCAGUCCUGUCCAUUCUGGGCUGGCUUCUUUGUGGUAGCAUCAGGGAUAGUUGGAAUCAUCUCAUGGAGGAGACCUCUGACGCUGGUGGUGUCACUGUUCAUGCUGCUGUCUGCAGUGUGUGUGAUCCUCAGCCUGGCCGGCUCCAUGCUCUCCUGUCAGAACGCACAGAUGGUCAAGUCUAUGCUCACCUGCCAGGUGGAGAAUGGUCUGUGUGCGUGUUGCGCGCCCACUCAACCAUGCUCCAUCACGGCGGAGGAGACCCUGGUCCUCUACCUGAAUGCUGACUGUCACUCAGUCAGACAUCAGCUGAAGGACCUUUUGUUCAGCGCAUGUGGUCUCAGCAUUCUCUCCACCAUCAUCUGUACUCUGUCCACUGUGACCUGCAGUAUCCACAUAUUUUCCCUGGACCUUGUGCACCUGCUGGCUCCACAUCGCUCUCGUUCAGUUAACCCAGAAUGCACCACUCCUCAGGACGCCUUCCUGACCAACAUAAUGGACUUUGAGGAGUUUGUCCCACCCAUCCCUCCACCCCCCUACUAUCCUCCUGAGUACACCUGCAGCUCUGAAACAGACGCUCAGAGCAUCACCUAUAAUGGCUCCAUGGAGAGCCCUGUUCCCCUCUACCCCACUGACUGCCCCCCUCCUUAUGAAGCUGUGAUUGGACAAAGAGCUGCAAGCCAGGCAACAGUGUUUGACCCCCACGGCACUGAGCUGUCUGGAGAGAGAGGAACUUCAACUGCCUUCAGCGGAGAAGUGUCCAUGGACAGCGGAUCUCUGUUGAUGUCAGAGAUUGUGGACAUCCCUGAUGACUCUUCCCCCUCUGAGGACUCCUGUCUGAUGGAGGUUGGGCUAAGGAACCAGGGGGAAAGGGGCAACAGGGGCGAGGGGGGAGACGAAGGAGACGGAGGGGAGUACAUCAGCUUUCGUGGCCCCCUGUCUCAGACACCAGAGAGUCCUCUGGCAGGGGGGCCGAGAGCCAGACGCUUCCUCAGAGGAGAGAGGUCUAACUCCUGCUCCUCACCCAGCACAGCGACCAACACCUACAGGUCUCCAGUGUUGCGCCGCCAGGCCAUCCUAGCUAGUAGUUGUUCCCAGCUGGAAGCAAUAGGGGUUUCCGCCUCUCAACAGCGAUCCUCAAUCCCAGAGUUUCGAGUUCACCCCUCCACCCCCUCACACCAAGGAGCUGCCCCAACUUCCUAUGUUCCUCCGACUUCAUCCCCCUCAGCUGCCAGGGAGCAGACCGGCGGGCAGGGUACCGGACCGGCCCUCCUGGUACAGCCUUUGUACCUUCGACGAAGGGCUGGGAGGAGUGAGAAGGAUGGAGAGGGUGUAAGAAGGGACAGCGACGGGCUCCUGCGUCUUGUGAGGUCACACAGUGAGCCAGGCCUCGGAUCCUCCACUGAUACGGUUGACUUUGGCUCUGGAGGCAGCAAAGUAUCUGUAGACACAGGUCCAUCCUCUGAGGCGUGUCUGUUGCCCCGCACCUCUUUGCCUCCUGCUGCAGCGCUGCCAAGGAAAGGCAGCAUGAAAUCAGCAGCCACAGGGGUGCAGGUCCCCUCCAAACCUCCCCCCACCUCACCACUGCGUUUACCUAAAGACUGCCACCGUUCCCUUGGAGACCUUAAGGUGACUCGGGGUCUGGUGGCUCGCUUCCUGCAGCGCUCCAAACGCAAUCUAUCACCCGCCUCUGAGCAUGCUGGGAGCACAGGGCAGGGGCCUAAGAGGAGGAGUGGUGCUGAGGGCGCCGCCACCAACCACCUGCCUUUGGAACAAGUGUUGCUGACCCCAUGGAACACCAGCCGAGGACACCCCAACCAUCCCACUCAUCAACCUCAUCGCCGUGGACACCACCAUUCCCACAGCGACAGUCGACACAACCGGAACCACGGCAGUCGGGUACCAGAGGGGAUCCAUCUGCGCAGUUGUGGAGACUUGAGCUCCUCCUCUGCGUCGCUACGCCAAUUGGUGACACCUCAUCCACCACAUGGGUCAUCAGGAGCUCUCUACUCAGAGUCUGCACUGUGAGGAGGAGAGGAGGGUGAAGGCGGGAUGGAGGAGGAAAAUAGGCUUGCGAGUUGUGAGGAAGGAUUGUGAGGGAGAUGGGGAUGGGAGGAAAUAAGGCAGUUUAGUGGAGGUUUCUAGUACUGAAGUCUUGAAAGUCUUCCCUCCUUUGUCAACUGUGCAAAUGGCCUUAUUCAGUGGUGCUCUUUAUCACUCGGAACAUCAGCCUAGAGCUCACGCUAUUUCACUGUUCAACAUCAGUGAAACGGUCACUAGAUACUUAUUUAUGGGCAGCGUUUCUGACCACAGCUGGCUGAGACAACCAACCAGAAGCAUCUUUUGUGCUGUACUCUCCUCUCCCUCUCUCAAUACUCUUGUGGAAACAUCUGUUCCACCACUGGACUAGAGACAGACCUCAACUAGCAUUCAUGCUACAAGAAGCACUUACAUGUGCAUUCAGUCAGUUACAUAAUUAUGGGUUGCAAUGUGCUUCUGGCCCUUUUGUACACUGUUAUUCAUCCACAGGAUCGCUCAGGUGAAGUGAUCAUGAAAAUCCUUAUUUUGUCUUCCAUUGAUAAAAAAAAAUGCAUCUCGAUAAACAUAUAUUUAGCUGAGUACAAUGUAAGAUAAGCAGAUGAGGUUGCACAUGAGGACAAAUGCUCUCACAUCGAAAACCCUUAACUGAGUUGCUAAUUUUGCCUUUUUCUUUUUGCAAUUCAGAUUCCCACUUUCUCCACGCUUG